UUCAACGUCUUCAAACCAAUAAUUUGAAAUAUAUUGAAGAGCUGACUGUCUUUGCUAGACAAAACAUAGAUCAUGCAAAAGAAGUCGUAGACCGGAUCAUCGGUGCCAAGAACAACGGGCUAUUAAUUUUAUACGUUAUGGAUUCUAUUAUGAAAAGUGUCGGCGGAACAUAUGUUGCCUUGUUUACCAGAGUUUUAGUAAAUGUGUUCACGAAGAAGUUUCUAGCUGCUCUUGAUGAGCAAGGAGCCAGAAAAAAAAUGUUCGAUCUCCGUUUAACAUGGCACGGACUCAUCAUUCCUGUAAUACUAAGAACUUUAGACGUCGAAAUCAACAAAAUUGACCCUGCCUGGCCAAUCAUCGAGUCAAACAAGGCUGAAAAACCUGCUGUUGAAGAUAUUAACCCAAAGGCAGAGUCACCGAAUGUGAACAAAGCUUCGGUUGUAAUAGAUCCGGUGGUUUAUGUUAUAGACGACAGUGAUUCGUCGGAUGACGAAAUUGUGUUUGUGCGAGACAGUUCAGAUGAAUCGGAAGCACUUGGAUAUUCCAGCGAUUCAUCGGAAACAUCAUGCGAUUCGUUAGGCGAUUCAAACGAUGGAACGGAAUGUCUUUCGGAUGAAUGUAACAGUCACGAUUCAUCGUAUUCAUCGUCCGAGAUUACAUCAUCAUCAAAAACAAACAGCUCUGAAAAGGUGUUAAGCGGAAGGCCAAUUUAUCGAGAAAAAACUUCGUCAAAAGUUCAAGUUAAAAAAAACCUUGUAACCAGGAACGACUACAUACUUGUGUCUCAGGAAGAAUUGGAUCACAUCUUCGAUGAACAGAAUCAUAAAUUCAAGACUUUUACUUAUGUAAGCUAUUUUUCAAAGCAAAUGGAAAAAUAUGUGUCGUGUACACUGCGAUCAAUCGGAAGCAGACUCUGCAAGUCAACAUUUACUUGUAAGUUCAAGUGCAUGCAGUAUCAAAGUUGCAAGAGGAAGUACCAUUUGGUGUGCAAGCGAAGAGAAAAAAUUGACGGACUAUACGCCUUUCGCAUCCUAUUCACUAAAGACAAAAUUUGUCACACAAAAAAAAUAGCUCGUCAAUGCCGUGGUAUCGACCGUACAACUAUGAAGCGUAGACUAGCCAAGUCAACUGUAGACGAAUGCCGUGAAUAUAUGCUGUCCCGAAGCAACAAGCAAUUGCUGAAAAAAGGCAACCUACAAAAUGUAUACUCUACCGCAGUGUUAAGAAAAAUGAGAUCCGAAGAGCUUCGCAAAUCCGACUUACAUGAAGAGGCCAUUGCCGAGCUAGGCCGUUUCAAAACAUUGCAAGAGGAACAGGACACAAACCUUGGAACAAAGGAUCAGUACAUUCGUGGGGUUGGGAACAGUCCAUUUUUCGUUCACACCUAUAGUUACGAACAGCUACGAUUCGUACGGGACUUGCACAAGAAAAAUGGCUUACUUGGUCUGUUUUUCGAUGCAACAGGUCGAAUGGCUCAACAACCCAGGGAUAUCAAUAAAAAAACAUUAUACUACGCCGGAACCAUCCCAUUCAAAAUUCAGGACUGUGAUCAGGCAACUAUUGUGCCAGCAUUUGACGCACUCAUGUCGGAUCACGACAUUCCCGCUAUGAAAAGUCUACUAAGCAGCUACAAAGACAAAUUAAUUGAAGUAACGCACACAUGGCCAGUGUUUCAAUUUGUUGUGUCCGAUGGAAACUUUGCAGCGUUGCAUGCCAUAUGUGAAUCGUUCAACAACAUGGACUUGAUUAGUUACAUCAAUCUGAUUUUCGACAAAAUGCAUAGUGACGACCCUUCGUUUGACUUAGUGACGCAAAUAAAAUUGUGUUGUGCCCAUUUGAUGAAAAAUCAGGCCAACCUAGUGGCAAAAUUGUUCAGCACAGCGGACUCAGUCGUUAUAUAUAACGUAAAAUGCAUGAUAGCAGCAAUGUAUGACAAGAAUUGGACCGAAAUCUGCAAGUAUUGGAAACAUUUACAUGUUUUAUUCAGCAGUGAAUUCGAAAACAAGCACACGCGAGAGGCAUUGACUGCAAUUUCUUCCGAAAUAAGUGCAGGAAAUGAUCUGAACGGUGAAGCACUCGAUAUAGUUACAGAAAAAUUUCAGCAUCAAAAGUUCAAGAAGAGUGCUACUCUAUACGAACAAAGCAAAUUUUAUAUUGCUCUGAAACAGAUAGAAACGCCCAAGCUCAGCAAUACCAAAUCAAAACCUACCAAGAAAAAUCCAUACUUCAAUCCUGCCUUUGAAGAAAAAUUCUUAAAACGAUACGCCACAUUGUUGCCACUUUGGGUGAGCUGCACAAACAUCAAACGGCAGAGCAACAGUUACGUCGAAGGGUAUUUCAAAAUCAUUAAAGGUCGGCUGGACUUAAAACACACAAAGUUAGGACGAAUGCCUAUUAAAGCGAAACGCUUAUUGACUGAGAUUCAGUCAUACACUAAAGCCAAAUUAUCAGAAUAUUGGCUGAAAGUACCCAAAAGCAGAGCCACUGGUCGCAAAAUUGUUUGCAAGAAGCGUAAGCCGACGAUUAAAAAAGUGUAUAAAGCAAAUCGACCGACCAAAAUUCGAGAAAGUUCACCUGAGCUGGAGGACAGGGCUGUAGUAGAAUCUUGGAAUGCAAGACCGAGAAGGUAUGUAAAGUCUUAUUUCGAAAGUCUUUGCAAAAUAUCGACAGCCAAGAGGGCAAAGGCGACAACUGUCAAAUUAGUAUCCAGUAUUCCAAGAUCGGCCCGCACGAAACGUAAGCUAACUGAAAUGGUUCAAUCCGUAGCUACUUUGAGGGGUUCCCUUGUAAAACGUAACGCUAUGCCUCCUGUAAGAUCCAAUCAAGCAUCCACUUCCACAAUCGCUACAAGAAAUAAACGCAAGGCUCGUUCCUCGUCUCCCGCUAUAACGAAUAAAAAGCAGACUUCACAUGUUCAGCGUAAGGUUACAGCAAAUGAAGCACCCACGAUCGUGACAAGACAAAAACGUAAGGUUAAUCUCCUCACAUGAAACGUGUUAUGAAACGUAGUCACGUAGUCAAAAUUCUCCUGAAAGAUUAAAAAAAGUUGACAAAAAUAGGUUACUCCUAUUUGCUAUUAAUAGAAAGAUACUCUGUAGAGUAAAUUAUGUUUCUUAUGUAGAACAUUACGUGUGCUGUGCCCAAAAUUAAAAAGUAAA